AUGAAGUCGGCACUGGUCUUUUUUCCAGAAGUAAAUUUACUUUUAGGGGAUUUUUAUGUCUCAAUAUUAGCCUAUGUGCAUCAUAGUUUUGUUGAAAAUCCAAUAAUACCGUUGGCAAUAUUCAUCCAUGAUCAUAAAAACAGAGAAGCGCAUGAUAAAUUAACUAAUAUUUUAAAAGUCCAUCCAUCCAUAGAAAAAAAGUGUAUUAUUAUAAGCGAUGGUAAAUUAUCAUUUAAAAAUUCAUUUCAUGACGCAUUUCCAGUUAUGAAACAUUUACGAUGCCACAAUCAUUAUGCAAACGACCUCAAAAAAUGGUUAAAACAGGAUUUUAACAAACAGUAUCGUUCAAUUAGCAAACGUUCAAAACGAUCAAAAACAAUAUCCGUUAAUGAAAACAAACACGAUGAUGAAAACGAAGAUGCUAAAAACGAAGAUAAUGACAACGACAAUAUUCGUUAA